UCCCCAUACCGCCAGAACCGAAAUAAGCGCAUCCAAGCAGUCAAAGACGUCUCCAAGGCCGAUCCUUAUCUUUCACUCUCUUCUUGGACGGUAGUCCGCAAUUCACAUAGCGAGGCGGCGCAGCCGCAGAAACACCUGCAAAAUGGCAAAGGGGAAGAGAGAAUUGCUAUCUAAAGCGCCAUGGAGGGGCGACCUCGACAACGAAGCUGACAAAUUCAAAGACGCCAAGCUCAAAGUCACCAAUCAGCCCGGCUCCACCCCUACUAUGCACGUCCCUCGCAAGAAGAACAACAAGAGCAGCUCCGACGAUGAAGGCGACGAUCCCCUCGAGCUCGACCCCGAGCUCCGCUACAGCUUCCAGCGUAAUUUUCAGUUUCUUCAGAGAGUGUUUAGCAUUGACACCGUCGUGAAGCCUCUUCCACCUGCUAUGGCAUACAACGUUUCUCGCAACUUGAGCUUCUUCACCCGCAUCUUUACUCAAUUCUUUGAUCCAGAAGGCAUUGCAAAUGCACAGAAAUCUCUUGGCUUAGGACAGGAAGAGAAAGCACGUCGGGUCCGUUGAGAGAGUGAUUUUGUUCAUUGCUAUUUUUUGACUGUAUCUGAAUCUUUGUCUUGCCAAGAAUUUGUUCUGCAUGAUUUGUUUCCUUAAAGAUGCAUCAUUUUAACCAUAA